AUGAACUUGGGUGAGCGGGCGGUAUUUCAAAGCACCCGGUGCGAUGGGAGUGGAAGACAGGUGGAUUUUUUUUUUUUCGCUAUCACCAAAGAAUUGUCGAUAAUGAGAAAAAGAACCAUCAGGCGGUAAAACUUGUUUUUUUUUUCUUUCUCUUUUACCGUUCCGAUUCAACGUCAUGUCUCUCGUCGUCCCUGAAAGGAACCAAUUCCAACACAUUAUCCGUCUCCUCAACACCAACGUUGACGGUAAGGACAAGAUCACCAUUGCUUUGACCUCUGUUAAGGGUGUAGGUCGUCGUUUCGCUAACGUUGCUUGCAAGAAGGCUGAUGUCGAUUUGAACAAGCGUGCUGGUGAAUUGACCAACGAAGAAUUGGAACGUAUUGUCACCAUCUUGCAAAACCCUGCUCAAUACAAGAUCCCUAACUGGUUCCUCAACAGACAAAAGGAUAUCAUUGAUGGCAAGUACUCUCAAGUUAUUUCUAACGUAUUGGAUACCAAGAUGCGUGAAGAUUUGGAACGUAUGAAGAAGAUUCGUGUCCAUCGUGGUCUUCGUCACUACUGGGGUCUCCGUGUCCGUGGUCAACAUACCAAGACUACUGGUCGUCGUGGUAGAACCGUCGGUGUCUCCAAGAAGAAAUAAAUUCAUUACAACACCUUACUGGGAAAAAAUUCAUUCUUUUUUUUUUCACAAAUGGGUUCUUGUCGAUUUUUUUUAUGAUAGUAUAUAUACAUUUUUAUAAUAAAGAAAAAGACAACUUUUUACAAUUUU